AUGGCAGCUUUCUCUCACCAUCACCACCUUUUUCUCCAUCAAACCACCGCUUUCCACCCCCACUCCACCACCCACAACUUUUCCGGCCACCAACCAACCACCGCCUUCCACCCACACUCCACCACCCACAACUUCUCUGUCCACCAACCAACCACCACCGCCGCUGCCGCCGCUUGUUUACUUGAUCAAGAUCAUCAUCACAGAACCAAGAAUUUGCAGAGAAAAGGCUAUUCAACAUCAAUGGAGGUUGAUGGUGGCAGCCAUGAUCAUUUAGCCAUGAAGAGGAAGGCCAUUAAUGGAAUUUCCCAAGAUACAAGAAAAGGAAAGAGGAAGAAGCAAAAGAAAAGCGGUGAUGAUGAAGGGGAAAUUGGGUACAUUCACGUUAGAGCAAGAAGUGGUCAAGCAACUAAUAGGCAUAGUCUUGCUGAAAGGGUGAGAAGAAAGAAAAUAAACGAAAGAAUGAAGCUUUUACAAUCUAUUGUUCCGGGAUGUGAUCAGGUGAUUGCUUCUUCUUAUGUUGAUAGAAUCUGGUUUAUUUUAUCUGUGUUUUUAUAA